GUAAGGUAAGCCCGUGAGCUAAUAUACAAUGUACGGUAUGUAUACAUUUCCACCUCUACAAGCAAUUUAACGGGCCCCACUGGCUUCAGUAACUUGCUCUCGGUGAUCCUCCUUUACACUCGUCAACCCAAUGUCUGGCUUACUACUCGGUAACUCAACACAGUUGUGAUCAUCUUCGAGAAGUAACAACGACAACUACUGUUAUUUUGUAAAAGCCGGAAUUUAGUGACUUAUCCAUCAUGCGUCUGAUAUUACCGUUAAUCAUGUGUGCCUUUAUAAUGAAGCUAAAGGCGGAUUCAGUUCCAACAAUAAAUGGAUUACCGCCAUUGAAGUUGGACAAAAAUCUACGGCGUGCUCUACUGCGCGCUUUGGAAGAUUUGGAAGCAGAGUCUGCUGAAGACAGGUCUGAUCUACCGACGGCUGAACAGUUGGUCCUAAAAAUACAAGCGCAGGAAAGUGAACAAGAAAAAACAGAUGAAGAUGAAGAAAAUCAAAAACAAGAAGAAGAACUAGAUAACAAAAAUAGAGAAAAAAUAUUAGAACGUUUCAAAGGAGCGUCUGUAACGUACGAACAUUUCGCUAGUGACUCCGAGGACAUAAGCGAAGACAAAUUACAGAAUUCAACAUUUAUUGAGACGGAUAAGUACCAAGCGGAUACGCAGAGUUCCGAAGUGAAAGCGGAAAAAAGUCAGGAAUUAAAUCAAAAGUUAGAUGUGCUGUUGGGUGAUCAAGCAGUCGUUGAAAAAUCACCAGAGCCGUUGCAAGUAGAACAAGUAGAAACGCGCAGUGUUAAAUCAAUUGGCCAUUCAUCAAACAGGAUACAAAAUUCAUUUAAACCAAUUGCCAAAGACAUCAAUCACCACAAUCAUGAUAACGAUAACAAGGAGAUAUUGGCGAUAAGUUCCAGCAACGGAAUAGCAUCUGCGUCGGCAAACUCACUGGUCCCACCCAGUCCAACGGUAUCAAGUCCAACAACACGCCCAGCUAAAAAUGCAUCAGCACCUGUCUUGCCCACAGUACCGGCAGACACUAAAGACAAAACUAAAGAAAAAUCGGAGGUUAAAAUAUUCCAAGCGCCUCUCGUAGCAGCUUUCACUGUCCAGCAAGACGAGCUGGGAGUUCCCAAGAGCGUAGUGCCCAUUUACAAGCCAGACGGAAAGGGACAGGCUUUGACUUUGCAAGAGCAGUUAGAAUUCAAGCAGCAGUUGCUUGAAAAACAAUUGGCCGAACUUCAAGCUCAGCAGAUUCAGCAAACUCAAUUUUUGAUUCGCCAACAACAGUUGUAUCAAGAGCAACAGAGACAGAAACAGAGACAGUAUUAUCUUGCGGAACAGGCGAGACAGAAAUUGCUGGAAGACCAGAAGAAUAAUCAGCUCAAAUUACAGCAACAGUCAAAUUUACAACAACAGCAAUUGUCGCUUCAGCAACAACAGCAGUCAUUGUCUCUUCAACAACAGCAACAACAGCAAUCAUUGUCCCUUCAGCAACACCAACAGCAACAACAUCAAUCAUUGUCUCUUCAACAACAGCAACAGCAACAACAUCAAUCAUUGUCUCUUCAACAACAGCAACAAUCUCUCCAGCAACAACAACAACAACAACAACAAUUACCGUUACAACAACAAUUACCUUUGCCUCAACCUUUAGGUGCGUUUAGUCAAAAUCGUCAAACUCUUCAGCUGCCUUCUAAAAGUUCAAACGUCCAAUUUCAAGCGAAUCUUGGCUUUCAAGUACCUCAUGUCGGUCAAUCUCAGUCGUUUCAAACAAAUUUUCCCGAUCAAUUACGGAUCCAACAACUGCCACUUCACAAUGACCUGAAACAAAGCUUCAAUUAUAAUCAAAAUUUCAAUAACCUAAAUUCUAACUUACCACAACAGUCAUUUUUAAGAGGUCAAGAGCAACGCGUCAAUGUUCAAAGCUUCCCUUCAGUUUCUGUAGACUUCCAGCCGCCAGCUGUUCCAAGCUCCAACAGGUUUAACCGACAAGAAGCCUUGGGAUCUGUUGGCAACUUUGGUAUUAAUGAAAACCGACAGCAAACACGAAAUCAUUUAGUCUUUGAUCUCCCGAGACCCGUAUCGCCGUUCGUGCCUUUCAAUCAGUUUUCAUCGUUCAGACAGUCUGUUCAUAGGCCACCCACUCCUGCACGGCAAAUCCAGCAGCUUCUCUUCCAAUCUGGAGUCGCUGGAGAACUCGGACGCAGUCAUGGUGCGCCGGGAAAUCACGAAGACUUAAGCAUAGUUUCAAAAGUACUCGCUCUUAAUGUCGGUGCUGGACCCAAUAAAAGCCUUAAGUUCAACGAUGAUUUCUUCCGAGCGUGAAUAAGUAAUUUUUUUCCUUUUCAUUUAUAGAUGUGAGUUUCAUGUCAUCGAGUCUCUUUUAAUCACUUAAUAAUAAACUAAAAUAUAAACGCCUGUAAGUUCUGUGAAAGCAAGCGUGAACUUGUCAACAAAAUUUCUCUCUUCAUUUUAUCACUUUUAUUAAAUUAAAUCAAAACUAUAAGAGAAAUUACAGUCAAAGAGCUGGACUAAAAAAAACUAUUUACAAACAAAUUUAUAUUUAUAUUUAUAUAGAAAAAAUAACAUAAGAAUUUAAAAAUUAUAAUUAUUAUAAAAAUAUAUUGCAUCGUUAUUAUAAUAAGGAAGGUACUGAUUCCUUAACAAGACUAAUGAUAUUAAUUAAAACGCUGAUGUAUGCUGUAUACUCUUGGGAAGCGAACAUUCUUGCAUUCUUCAGAGUUAAACAUAUAUACGGGAAUCCCUCAUACUCAUAUAUUAUAUAUAUAUAUUUAAAAACUUACUGCUAGCGUAAUAUAAGAAUAAACUAGACUAUUUCAGAUGAAGCUAUUGCGUAAGCAAUUAUGUGUUGCCUUUGUCCUAAGAUACAUAUAUAAUUACUUUUGUUUGUCGCCUCACUUUAAUACCGUUACAUAUAUGAUAUAUAAUACUUUUUACCCUCAAGAUUAUACUUUACUCACUUAUAUUUG